ACAUGUUAUUAGUAGCCUAGCAAGGAAGCGAGUACGUAACUACAUCACGUGACCUUUGCACACGGCUCCAGCUCUCUAACAUUUUUGUUGAAACGUGUGCGGAAGAAACUCGACGGAUAUUAACACUGAUAAACAAAGGAUUUCAACAAUCCCCAGCGAAGGAGGAUGGCUCAUUUUGUCUACCCAGUAGCUAAUGCAGCCCAGCCGGCCACUGCUUACCCCACAGCUCAAACUGCAUAUGUAGCAGCAGCACCACAGGCUGCCUACGCAACUGCAGCUCCCCGAGCUGCACAGGCCUACGAGAGCUACCAAGCAGCUCAUGCAGCACCUCAGUAUGCCUACACAACACGCACACAAGUGGCAGUCACGCCUGCAGUGACGUAUGAUCAAACCAAAGCUUACUACCAACCAGCGAAAGCUACUGCAUACACAGCAGCGGAAACACACUAUCAAGCAGCCAAACCGGCCUACAGUACGAGUUCCUCCUACAACACAGCUCAAAGACAACUUGCCCAACCCAAGGCACAGCCUGCAGUACAGGUGACGACAACAGCAUAUGUGUACCCAGCCACAACAUCGCCUGCGGUGACAACAUACUCCCAGGCAAGCUAUGCGCCAACCACAACACAGUCCUCGUUUUCAGGGAUUAAUGGUAACAGCAGUGCACAAACUUGGAACAAGUACAGUAUCUCUCCAGGCUAUGAUGCUGCUCUGUACACAGCGGCCACCUCAUACUACCAGCAGCAGCAAGCAGUGAAGACAGCUGGGACCUGGGCGGUCAAGAAACCUGGUGUGCCAUUCAAACCCCGGCCCAAGGGGCCGCCCAAACAACCUCAGCUUCACUACUGUGAUGUCUGCAAGAUCAGCUGUGCUGGCCCUCAGACAUACCGGGAACAUCUAGAGGGUCAGAAGCACAAGAAGAAGGAGCAGGCCAUGAAGGGAGGAGCGGCCCCAGCGGCACGAGGACACAACCAGCUGAGGUGUGAGCUAUGUGACGUUACCUGCACAGGAACUGACGCAUAUGCAGCCCACAUCAGAGGAGCAAAGCAUCAAAAGGUGCUGAAGCUUCACACAAAGCUUGGCAAGCCCAUUCCUUCAACUGAUCCUGUGAUAGUGUCCAACUCCCCAGCCACCACUACGACAGCCAAGUCCACUGGCAGUGCCGCUACUGUCACGUCCGCAGGGGGCAAGGCCAUCGUUGGGAAGACAGUAGCUGCGGCAGCAGCAGCACAGCAACCAGCCAAGAUAGUGCUGGCAGCGCCCAAAAUUACGUUUGUUGGAGGCACACAGCUGAAGACAACAGGCGUUAAGGCAGAGGAGGUGAAGGUGGAAAGCAUUAAGGUGGACCAGAUACAAGCCUCAUCCUCUGUAGCAGAUUCUGAUGAGCUGGAUGCUGAUGGGGACAAGUUGAACAUUCUUGGAGAGAAAGAUGUAGCUCCAGUUGGUCAUGAAUACAUUGAGGAAAUGAAGAAUGACCAAGGUAAAGUCAUCAGUUUCAACUGCAAGCUCUGUGAGUGCAAGUUCAAUGACCCCAAUGCCAAGGAGAUGCAUCUAAAGGGUAGAAGACAUCGACUACAGUAUAAGAAAAAGGUUGACCCCAACCUGCAGGUGGAGGUGAAGCCCAGUAUUCGAGCCCGCAAAGUUCAGGAGGAGAAACUGAGGAGGCAGGCCCAGAAGGAGGAGUUUUGGCGACGCCGAGAACAGGAGGAACGGUGGCGGGAGGAGAUGAGGAUGGAAGAGGAGAUGUACUGGGAGCCGCGCCGCUACGAGAUGAUGGAGUAUUAUGAAUGGCAACGGCAUCAGGGACCCCCUGGGAUGAUGCCACCACGCCCAUUCAUGGGAGGGCCUGGACCAAUGCAUAUGAGGAAGCCAGAUACAGCUGAUGAUCGCCAUGUGAUGUCCAAACAUACUGCCAUAUACCCAACAGAAGCGGAGCUUCAGGCUGUACAGCUAAUCGUGUCAUCUUGUGAAAGAGCUCUGAAGCAGGUCUCAGACUUCCUUGCAGACAGUGAUGCGCCAAAGGAUGUGGAAGCAGAGAAGAAGGAAAAGAAGGAAGUGAAGAAGGAUACUGAAGCUAAAGAAGGCGAGAAAAAGAAGGAUGAUGACACCUCCCCACGGGUUCUGAAGGGGGUGAUGCGUGUCGGGGUUCUUGCCAAGGGGCUGUUGCUCCACGGAGAUCUCAAUGUCCAUCUAGUCGUACUGUGUUCUGAGAAACCCACCCGAACACUGCUGGAAAGAGUGGCUGACGGACUACCCAAACAGUUAGCUACUGUAACCGAUGAGAAAUUUGAAGUGAAGAGAUGUGUUGAAGAAGCUGCCAUCAUUGUUAGCAACACCAAGGAACCUCCUACAACAUGCACAGUGACACUGACGUCGCCUGUGAUGAGGGAGAGUACGGCGACAGAGGGUGGAGAGACUCUAAGCGUCAAAGACCCACCGGAUGUGCUGGACAGGCACAAAUGCCUGGAUGCCCUAGCUGCACUUCGACAUGCUAAAUGGUUCCAGGCUAGAGCUAAUGGACUCCAGUCUUGUGUGGUGGUAAUUCGUAUACUACGGGACCUGUGCCAGAGAGUCCCCACAUGGACCCCGCUUAGUGAAUGGGCCAUGGAGCUACUGGUGGAGAAGUGUGUAGGCAGUGGGGGUAUACAAAUGAGCCCUGGAGACGCACUCCGCCGGGUCUUUGAAUGUAUUUCAUCGGGAAUCCUGCUGCCAGGUGGCCCCGGGCUGUAUGACCCUUGUGAGAAAGAAGCAUUUGAUGCUGCUCAGUCACUGACCAAUCAACAGAGAGAGGAAAUCACAGCCUCAGCUCAGCAUGCCCUCAGGCUGAUUGCAUUCCGUCAAAUCCAUAAAGUCUUAGGUAUGGAUCCUCUCCCUCCACCGCGGUUUCAGCGACAGAAGUUCAACCCGCGCAAGAGACGGCGAACAAGUUCAGCUGGAGGAGAAGGGGAUGGUGAAGCAGGUGAGAAGAAGGAUAAGAAGGACGGUGAUGAAGGAGCUUGUAUGGACACUGCCGACAACUGAGUGUGUUGUGUAGACUAGCAUGUUAGAGAG